AUGGCUUCCAGCUUCAAGAAGUCAAACGUGGCCUCCACCAGCCAGAAAAGAAAGGUGGGGCCUAAGCCCGAGCUCACUGAAGAUCAGAAGCAAGAAGUUCGCGAAGCGUUUGACCUCUUCGAUGCCGACGGCAGCGGCACCAUCGACGUGAAGGAGUUGAAGGUGGCCAUGAGGGCGCUGGGCUUUGAACCCAGGAAGGAGGAGAUGAAGAGGAUGAUCGCCGAGGUGGACAAGGAAGGCACAGGGAAAGUCAGCUUCAAUGACUUCUUGGCCGUGAUGACUCAGAAGAUGGCCGAGAAAGACACCAAGGAAGAAAUCCUGAAGGCUUUCAGGCUCUUUGAUGAUGAUGAAACCGGGAAGAUCUCUUUCAAAAACCUAAAGCGCGUGGCCACCGAGUUGGGGGAAAACCUCACUGACGAGGAGCUGCAGGAAAUGAUUGACGAAGCAGAUCAGGAUGGAGACGGUGAAGUGAACGAGGAAGAGUUUCUUCGGAUCAUGAAAAAGACCAGCCUCUAUUAA